AUGCUCGCUUUCACUCGCUUAAACACGCUCUUUUUCUUUGUCUUCGGUAUUCUCCUUGUUGGCUCGUCUGCUCACACCACGAGCCCGAGACACAACGGUCUCAAUGCCCUUGACCUGCAAACUAAUGCAGCCCGUAUGGAGGCUGGGCUCCCCCCUCUGAGACCCAGGAACCUCUUCAAUCCCUCUCGUGUCGCCCGUUCCCCUCCCAAACCCUCUGGAUUCCCAAAUGAGGUUUGCAACAAAAGAAUCAAGGUCCUUAACACCUACGGUGGCGUGGUCGGCUACAUCGCCAAGACUCAGUCCAAUGGAGCUUUCAAGGUCGACAAGUCUGGAUGGUCAGGCAAUCACUUGCAAAUUAAAUACACCCCCUCCUCUAAUCCCUUCAACGUGCUUAUUGAGAGCUUUGGAAGUGGUUCGAAACCUACCCUUGGAUUCGGUGGCAAGAACUCAAACCUGAACACCUCCAAUAACUACAAUGUCCUUACUGGAACCAACUCUCUGGCCUCUGGAUCUACCCCCGUUAACAACGCAAACUCCCUCUCUUCCAGCUACGGUCGCUCCUACGCCGAAUCUGCCGUGUGGUCGGUCAGCGGAAAUAGGCUCACUGCGAUCUGGGUUAACCCCGGAAGACUCACUGUCAGCACGGACUUUUACGUCACCUCUUCGAAUGAGCUCAUUCAGGUUGCCACUGGAAUUUCCCCUCCCGGCGGAAGCUCCAAAGUCGCCAAAUCACCGUAUUCGAACUUCCGUCGCCCUACAGGCUCCCGUUUCUUGGAAGUAGAUGCUUUUGGGCUGUCCGAGUCAUGGACUGGGUUCUUGGAGACUGGAUCACCGUUUGCUCAUAGUUACGUCGAAGCGAAUAGCCCAGUUUUCCAUGUAAUUGAUAAGUUACUUGUAGUAACUGCUAUCAACCUGGCUCUGGAUGUUAAUCGGCUAUUUUUUGAAACAAAUUCGUGA